AGAGAAGAGGAGAGAGUUCUAUCAGUUAUUAGCUUGUCCGUGUAUGUGACGAUGCCGGAGUUGGCUUCGGUGCUUGUAAGAGACGAGCGCUCAGUGCUUCCCGGGGGCUUCUGGGCUGCUGUCGCUGUGUGGCUGGAGAAGCCGCAGGUUCUGAACAAGCGACUGUGCGGUUCCACCGUAGGAAAGAAAUGGGAUCAUGUGGGGGAAGAGAGCGAGUCUGAAGGGAUCGAUGUGGAGACGGCACUUGCUGCAUUGCUGGAGGACAUGUCGGGCCCGGGGCGGGAUGAGGAGAUGCUGAAGCUGAUCAGCGGAUACGGGAAGAGAGAAGAGGACAGUGGCUCGCUCACACUCCGGACUCUCAUCCCCAAGGCGAACCCGCACUUUCCGUCGUGCCAGCCCCGCUGCGAGAUUGUUAUUCGAGAUCUGCCUAACAGCGUUGUGACAUUCCUACCUCUGGAUGAAGCAAAUCAGUUUAAGAAAAACAACAUUUAUCAAAUCCGUCUCGCACAUGUCCAGGAUGAUGAAUGGUCAAUCUCCCUCUAUACGUUGUGCUCCGAGGCCUGGGAAAGUGAUGGAGUUGUGUACCCUAAAAUAACCUGGAUGAAAAAUGAGCUGCUUUCCAAGCUGGCAAAGUGGUCCACGGAGGACAAGAAAAGUGAAUUUAAAAGCACUUUAUCGCUCGUUCCUGUCGAUAAAUAUAGCCGACUUUAUCAGAACCUGAAGGAAAAAUACAGAGACAUGGUGAAGGUCUGGCCCGAAGUUACUGAUCCUGAGAAAUUUGUUUACGAGGAUGUCGCUAUAGCUACCUACUUGUUGAUUAUCUGGGAAGAGGAGAGAUCGCAGAAUCAAGUAAAAGAAAAACAGUCAUUUGUGGACUUGGGAUGUGGAAAUGGUCUCUUGGUCCAUAUACUGAGCAACGAGGGGCAUCCUGGCAGAGGAAUUGAUGUCCGAAGAAGAAAAAUAUGGGAUAUGUAUGGACCACAGACUAUUUUAGAGGAAUCUGCCAUUCUCCCAAAUGAUGAUUACUUGUUUCCAGACACAGACUGGCUCAUCGGGAACCACUCGGAUGAGCUGACUCCGUGGCUUCCAGUUAUUGCAUCUCGGUCCUCCUACUCUUGCCGCUACUUUGUACUGCCGUGCUGCUUUUUCAAUUUCUAUGGAAAAUACAAUCGGAAAUCAAGUAAGAAAACCCAGUACAGAGAAUACCUUGACUUUGUGAAAGAAGUCGGUCAGCAGUGCGGAUUUAAUGUGGAAGAGGACUGCCUUAGAAUUCCUUCUACUAAAAGGGUGUGCCUUAUAGGGAUGUCUAGAACUUACCCACUGACCCAGGAAAAACGAAUCGAUGAGCAAAGGACACGCUACAUAAAGAGCCAACAUACUGACAGUUUACACAUUUCUAGCAAGUCGUCCUUAGACAAAAAUGAUCCUCCACUCUUAAACUGCCAUGCAAAAAACGGCCAAUUGGACAAUGGGGACUCUUCUCUGGUUCAAUAUGAAAAGCUUCCAGGAAGCUGGAUGCCUGGAUUCCAACCCCGGGAAAAAGAGGAACCCAUCCGAAACUGCGCUCUUCUUCCUAGGGACUUUAUCGAUGAAACGGUAUUGCAAGUAGCCAAGUUGCUGUUAUAUUCAAACACGAAGGAAAAGGAAACCCCUAUUACUGACCAAAGUGAGACUGUUUGGAACAUGGGAAGGUCUCUGACAUUACGGGAGGUUGCAGAGCAUCUUCACACAGACACACUGCAAAAACUAAAGAAUGAAUGUGGUGGUUUGCAGACUUUGCUUCGGAACAAUCAUCAAGUGUUUGAAGUGAUAAAUUCAAAUGUUUCUAUCCGGGACUGGCAAAAGGACACCCCCACCAACACAAAGAAACGAAAACCGGAAGCCAAAAGAACGGUCCCCUCUGAUGUCCUAAAAACUCGUUUAUGUUGGUUCUAUGUACAUCAUCCCAAUGGCUGUCCCCGGGUCGCCAAGUCUUGUCCAUAUGCUCACGGAGCUGAAGAGCUUCGACCAAGUUUCAUUUCACGAAGAAAGAAUCCUAGAAAUAAGCUCUGCACUUGACUGCGUAGCAGCUUCUAAUCGCACAUUUUAUUGUAAACUUUUUUAAAUUAAAUGAACUCUGACGCUAA